AUGCUUCUGUGCGUGGCUCGGUCCGGUUUGGCCUCUGUCUUUCAGCCCCGGCCCCUCCCCGAGGACCCCUGUCACUGCCUGUCUCCAGUGCGUGCACUAACACCUCCUCUGUCCUCCUCCUCUCUCAGGUGCACUAACACCUCCUCUGUCCUCCUCCUCAGGUGCACUAACACCUCCUCUCUCCUCCUCUCUCAGGUGUACCCCGGGCUGAUGGUGACGGCGGGGCUGAUCCACUACGUGCUGAACCUCCUCCACAUCACGGUCCACAUCCGGGACGUGUGCGUGUUCUUGGCGCCGGUCUUCAGUGGACUCACCGCCAUCUCCACGUUCCUGCUGACCCGCGAGCUGUGGAACCAGGGGGCGGGGCUUCUGGCCGCCUGCUUCAUCGCCAUCGUGCCUGGGUACAUCUCCAGAUCUGUGGCCGGGUCCUUCGACAACGAGGGCAUCGCCAUCUUCGCUCUGCAGUUCACCUACUACCUCUGGGUGAAGUCUGUGAAGACGGGCUCCGUGUUCUGGACCAUCGGCUGCUGCUUGUCCUAUUUCUACAUGGUGUCUGCGUGGGGCGGCUACGUCUUCAUCAUCAACCUGAUUCCUCUUCACGUGUUUGUGCUGCUGCUGAUGCAACGCUACAGCCGCCGCGUCUACAUCGGUGAGUCCUACACCCCGCCCUACACCGCAAACUACACCGCACACUACACCGCGCCCUACACCGCACACUACACCGCGCCCUACACCGCAAACUACACCGCACACUACACCGCACACUGCACCGCACGCUACACCCCGCCCUACACCGCAAACUACACCGCACACUACACCGCGCACUACACCGCACACUACACCACACACUACACCGCAAACUACACUGCACACUACACCGCAAACUACACCGCAAACUACACCGCACACUACACCGCACACUACACUGCACACUACACUGCACACUACACUGCACACUACACUGCACACUACACCGCGCACUACACCGCACACUACACUGCACACUACACUGCACACUACACUGCACACUACACUGCACACUACACUGCACACUACACUGCACACUACACUGCACACUACACUGCACACUACACCGCGCACUACACCGCACACUACACUGCACACUACACCGCACACUACACUGCGCACUACACCGCGCACUACACCGCAAACUACACCGCAAACUACACCACACACUACACCGCGCACUACACCGCACACUACACUGCACACUACACCGCGCCCUACACCGCACACUACACCGCACACUACACCCCGCCCUACACCGCAAACUACACCGCACACUACACUGCACACUACACUGCACACUACACCGCGCACUACACCGCACACUACACCGCACACUACACUGUGCACUACACCGCGCACUACACCGCAAACUACACCGCACACUACACUGCACACUACACCGCACACUACACUGCAAACUACACUGCACACUACACCGCGCACUACACCGCACACUACACCGCACACUACACUGCACACUACACCGCACACUACACUGCAAACUACACUGCACACUACACCGCGCACUACACCGCACACUACACUGCACACUACACUGCACACUACACUGCACACUACACCACACACUACACUGCACACUACUGUUUCACUUUUACACGUCUGAAUUCAAAUUGA